UUCCCACAAUGCAGCGCGGCGCGCUGUCCCCGGUGCUGAUGCUCAGCGCUGCCCCAGAGCCUCCGCCGUGCCCGCCUCCCGCCCUUUCCCCGCCGGGCCCCAGCCCCCGCCAUGGGUCGGCUCGGUCCGGUCCUGCCCCAGAGCCGUCGGGGGGCCUGGGUGCGGCUCUCGACAGCAGCCUGCGGGCCGCCGUGGCUUUUAAGGCGGAGGGUCAGCGCUGCUACCGAGAGAAGAAGUUCCGGGAAGCCAUCGGCAAGUAUCAUCGGGCACUGCUGCAACUGAAGGCGGCGCAGGGGGCCCGCCCUGGAGGCCUGCCCGCCCCCGCCCCCGGGCCCGCCACCAGCCAAGGGCCAGCGCGCCUCAGCGAGGAUCAGCGGCGCCUGGUGGAGAACACGGAGGUGGAAUGUUAUGACUCUCUCACUGCCUGCCUGCUGCAGUCGGAGCUGGUGAACUACGGGCGGGUGCGCGAGUACUGUCUCAAGGUGCUGGAGAAGCAGCAGGGCAACUUCAAGGCGACCUACCGCGCCGGCAUUGCCUUCUACCACCUGGGCGACUAUGCACGCGCUCUGCGCUACCUGCAGGAGGCCCGCAGCCGCGAACCCACAGACACCAACGUCCUACGCUACAUCCAGCUGACUCAGCUGAAGAUGAACCGUUGCAGCCUCCAGCGGGAAGACAGUGGGGCUGGGGCUGCGUCCCGGGGUGUCACUGGCUGAGGCCAACUUGGGGGGACUGUCCCUACCCCCACUGCCCCCCACCUCACCAUGUAACUUCCCGACUCAUGUGUUUGCUGGUAAAGCACUUGUUGCUGGUGACCAUAA